AUGACAAAUAUUGGCGAAAAAGAUGAUAAAUUGGAUUUACCAUCGGGUUUCAGGUUCCACCCAACAGAUGAAGAGCUUAUUUAUCAAUAUUUGUACAAGAAAUUCCUUGACAUCAACUUCAGUUCAAUAGCCAUUGGAGAGGUGGAUUUGAACAAGUCCGAGCCAUGGGAAUUGCCUUGGAAGGCAAAACUGGGAGAGAAAGAGUGGUAUUUUUUCUGCGUUCGAGAUAGGAAAUACCCUACUGGUUUGAGGACGAAUAGGGCCACUGAUUCCGGGUAUUGGAAAGCUACUGGAAAAGAUAAAGAGAUUUACAGAGGGAAAUCACUGGUAGGGAUGAAAAAAACUCUAGUUUUCUACAAAGGAAGAGCUCCUAAAGGUGUGAAUUCAAAUUGGGUCAUGCAUGAAUAUAGACUUGAUGGCAAAUUCUCAAUCCACAAUCUCCCUAAAACUGCCCAGAAUGAAUGGGUGAUCUGCAGGGUAUUCCUGAAGGGAUCAGAUGGGAAAAAAACCCCUAUUUCAGGCCUCGUUAAGGCAAGCUCUUUCAAAAACGGCUUGCCUUCUGCUGGUUUACUACCGCCAUUAAUGGAUUCUUCACCGUACAUUAACGGCAGCAACACAACCAAACCGGUUCUUGCCGAGUCGCCGUACGUGCCCUGCUUCUCCAAUCAACAAAACACAGUCGAUCGUAAUUUCAACAACAACAACAAUCUCCACGUUCCAUCGAAUUCCUCCCGGGUCUUCCCACAAUUGCCGGUUCCGAGCUGCUUUCACGGCGGUGAUUCUCGACUCCCGGGCUCCGUUUCGGUGCAGGAACAGUCGGCGUUGAGGGCGCUGAUCGAAAACCAUGGAUCGAACGUGAAAAGGUUUCAGGGUUUCGAAAACCCGGGAAUCUCAUUCGCUGUAUCGAAUCUGGAAACCGGGAAGGAGUCAUUUGAUGAUCGAGACGCACCUUCUGCUUCUUCAGCCGGACCAGUGGAUCUUGAUUGUUUUUGGCAUUACUGAAAUGAAGAAGCAUUUGAUGAAUCAAAAGGGGGGGGGGGGGGAAACUGCCAGGUCUACAAGAUUAACGCUUUCUGCUACUGUUAUUGUAUGGUAAAGAUGAGGGGUUUGAGUUGGUGCAUAGAUUUUUCUUAAUGGAAACUCUGAAUUGAAGCAUAAAAUUCUAGAGG